AUGGCGGGCCCGAAUACACGAUUGGGCCCCCUCGAUCCACUCACCAAUCCCAAUGCCAGUCCUACCACCGAACAUACCACUGUCCCUGGGCACAACCACCAACCGCUCAGCAACUACAGCGCCAGCAGGCAUGACACCACCAGCCACAGCCGGGGAAGCAGAGGCGCCCGGCAAACCCCCAGCCGUCACAUUCUGCUGACCCACUCCAUCCACCGGCCGCUCUGCCACCUCCUCCAUGCCUUACAAAGACUGAGACGGCGACCAAAGGUUUUAUCGCUGAACACCUUAAACACUUCUCAGAGCCGCGGCGCCGAUCCUGCUCCAUCUGGAAAAGCAUGCUGGCUACAGGACGGGAGACAGGAGCGGGACAGGCGAGAAGGCAAACAGCCAGCAGUCCGGGCUGCUGUGGUCACUCCGUACAGCAGCCCGGAGCAGCAGCAGGGCUCGCUGGACCCCAGUAGGCGGCACCGGACGGCCUUCACACGGGAUCAGGUGUCCCGAUUGGAGCAGGAGUACCGCAAUGAGAGUUAUGUGUCCCGGGCUCGGCGCUGCGAACUGGCCGCAGUACUCAACCUUCCAGAAACUACAAUAAAGGUGUGGUUCCAGAACAGGCGUAUGAAGGACAAACGUCAGAGGCACUCCCUACCUUGGUCUCACCCACUCAUCAACCCACUGGGCACACUGCUGAUGGGUCAUGCUUCUCCAUCUUCUAACCUGAUUUACCCGUUUUCUACAUCCCAACUACCCCACCUACCUUUUCAGCACUAUUCUCCAUUGACUUUUUCCGGUAUGAUACAUGGUCCACACAGUGCACUAAUAAAGCAGCAAGAGCAUUUCUCCCUCUCCCAACAACACAACAAACCUGGGGAGGGGCCUCCACCAGCAGUACUUGUUUAUCCCUCACCUGGCGUCAUGCACCAUCAUGUCUCAUGUCAUUGCUCCUUUUGCCCUCAGUGGGGACAACAACAUCUUCAUAAGGUUCAGUGGGAAAUGAAGGGACUGAGCCAUGCUAAUGCCAACAGCUCUGCAGCCAAAAAACAGACUGGUUCUCUGCAGCAGAGGGAAGAAAAGGUGUGAAUGCAUCUAAGAAAAAAUACAACUGCAAUAAUUGAAAGAGAAGGAGCAAGGCAGAAGAAGUGUUGACAUCAGAAUCUAAAACAAUCACAGUUAAAACCAGAUACAUAACAUUUUAUUUAAGGAUAUUUGUUUUUUUCCCCUCAAUUUUUGACAUCUUGUUUAUGGUAGUUAUGAUUCCAUUUUUUUUUAUAUUUGUUAGAUUACAGAAUAAUGAUAGAUUUUUAAAAAUAAUUGUACCUUUCUUCAGAUUCAGAAGUUUACUAAGAUUGUUCUUUUUACAUUUCCUCUUCUCCUCUUUUUACUUUUCUUAUGCAGGCAGAGGAAUGCGGUGUCUUAGGGGUUCAACUUCUGCCUAUUGGUUAUUUAGCAUUACGCAUGACUGACUUCAGCAAAGAUGGAAGUCAGUUUAUCCUGAAGCUUAGCAACUUCAUUAGAGUUGCUUCAAGCAGAAGCCAAUUUCAGCAGGUGUUUCAUCCAAACUAGGAAAGACUUAUUUAUAUGGAUUAUAUAUAUUUAUAUAAUGUAGCAUUAUUUUCUAAUACAUUUGCUAAGCUCCAGCUCACUGAUAAGCUGGUCGCCAUCUUUGUUGAGAUCAACAAAGAUGGCUUCAGCAUCUUUGAAGCCAUCAGAAUUGCUAGUGGCUUUAGCAAUGCUGAAGCCAUAAGCAGAGUUGCUGCUAAUCACCCAACAUGUUGGUCUAUUGGUUGCUAAUCAACCAAUAGGCAAAAGAUGAAGUCUUAAGACACCGCCCUCCUCAUUUCCAUAAUGAGGCAGAAUUGCAUAAACAAAAGUAAAACAAAAAGGAGACGAGAAAAUAUAAAAAGAACAAAUACUUGUGUGAGGAACAGACAAAGCAAAAAAUUUAUAUCUCUUCUUUUAUUUUUAAUUAGGCCAGUCUUAGUCCCCCAUAACUUUUCAUCGUUUCCCAAUGUUAUUUUCCUACUAGAGCACUGUUAAUUUACUCCUCUGUUUCUUGUCACUGCACUGCAGACAUGCCAGUCUGUCUCCUCCAUUUAUGGCUCCACAUAAUUAAAGUACAUUAUUAUCAUAGCUGUUCUGUGUCCUGCCAUGCUAAGCUCUGUUCAGAUGUGUAUACCUGUAUUUAACCUCACUGUGUAUUGUCUGGCAUGAUUACACAGAGCACAUGUAGAGCACCUCCUGGUUUAACCAAGCAUAGCAAUGGCUGGUGUUGCGAACACCUGUGCGGGUGGAUUAAAUCAGUGUAUGGUAUUUAUGGUGGAGUAUUCUGUUGGCCUCUAAUCAGCAGAAAAGAGAGGACUCAGCUGGUUUCCUUUAUAAUUCUCAUCCAGUCCAAGAGUUAUCUCACAAAAAGUUCAGAAUAUAAUUUAAGGUGCUUCUCAGAUUUAAAAUUAGACACAAUCACCUCUAGAUCUCCGAUUCUGACUCCGUAAGAUGGCGCCUGGUUAUGGGUUCUGUAGUGGAUGCAUGCUGUUUUAGAAGAACCCAUAAAUGUGAUGAGGCAAGAUCAUUAAGACCCUUAAAAGCCAGUUGAAAAAAAAUCUAAAAUCACUCCUUUAACAUACAGGAACCCAGUAGAGUGAAGCCAGAAUUGAAAGGGUUCCCAUUUUUUAUUUCUUGUUAACAGCAGCAUUUUGUACAAGCUAUAAGCAAUGAAGAGAUGCCUGAUCUAACCCCCCAUAAAUCAAAUUGUAAUAAUCUAGGCAAGUUAAUGUAAAACCAGAAAUCAAUCUUUUAAUAUCCUUAGGAAGAAAAUCAGGCUUUACUUUGGCCAGAAUUCAUAACUAAACAUAUUUUGUCUUCAAUUAAAUUAUUUUCAACUCAGAUUCAGUUCAGUUUAUGUCUAUAGCACCAAUUCACAACUUAUGCCAUCUGGCUAUUGCCUUCUUAGGCUGUUCUGCUUGAUUACAAUCUCACUUUCUCCUAUUUACAAGGAUUGCCUCUAGUUCAAUGUCGCCCGUACCACUCAGGAAACAAGAGCAAAAGUUGUGAACAAAUUAGAAUUGUAGUCUACCUGUAGUUUUAGAAAUAUCAACAGAGAAAGUGAACAAAGCUAUUCAGUCCCAAAUUAGAUAGAGUGCAUUCACACCUGCCCUCUAUCGUCCGCUUUAAUAAAACUUUAGUUUGUUUGGGGAGGUGUGAAUGGGCAAUCAAACUUGAUCCAAAUUAAAAUGUGAACUCUUGUUCACCUAAAAACCUAGGUCUGUUUUGGUUGAAGUGAACUCUGGUGCUGUUUGAAUGCAGUAUGAAUGCAAGUGAACUGAAGACUGCUCCGAAAACAGGAAGCUAACUAUAGUGCAGGGCAUUCGGGUCAAUAUAUUACUCUAUCCUUAGGGAGUUAGCGAAGAUGUUGUGUUGGUUGCCAUGGAAAUGGGUCUGUGUGUAGAAUAAAGCUGACACAGAGAGCGAGGAAAAGCAGAAUUUAAAGUUGUUUACACCAGCUUAUCAGCAUUAUUUUCUCUUUCCUGUGGCACA